UCUCGUUUUCUCUCUUUUCUAGGGUUUUUUGGAUUUCUUCGAUUUCGAGCGGAGAAGCCUGCGAAGAUGGUGCAGCGGCUCACGUACCGGAAGAGGCAUAGCUAUGCUACGAAAUCUAAUCAGCAUCGCGUCGUCAAGACCCCUGGUGGGAAGCUUGUUUACCAAUCCACGAAGAAGAGGGCGAGCGGGCCUAAGUGUCCAGUUACUGGCAAGCGGAUCCAAGGCAUUCCUCACCUAAGACCUGCUGAAUACAAGAGAUCCAGAUUGUCUAGAAACCGGAGGACUGUGAAUCGUGCUUAUGGUGGUGUGUUAUCUGGAAAUGCUGUAAGAGAAAGGAUUAUUCGUGCGUUCUUGGUUGAGGAGCAGAAGAUCGUGAAGAAGGUUCUGAAGAUCCAGAAGGCAAAGGAAAAACUAGCAUCAAAGAGCUAAAUGCUUAAAAAGAGAAUCAGAACACUAUGCUUUUUGUUUAGUUGGAGAAAAAUUUUGACUCGAUGCCAAUUUGACAAAUGAUGAUGAUGAUGAUGAUGAUGAUGAGUGUUUGGAAGGAUUGUAGUUCCAUUUCAUAUUAUGGGUUUUUAUGGACUGUUUCUUAUAUUAGACAACUUCAAUAUUUUGUUUUGAAAAAUUUCCCUUCUAUUUGGAUCUGUUAUUUGUUCUAUGUUUGAUCUGUCAGUUGGUAAUGUGAAAACUUUUGAAAGAGAACCAGAAUCAGAAUGUAGCUUUCUGUGUA